AUGAGCGAUACGAAAACAAUGUUAGCGGAAUAUGGAAGUUGGUGUAGUUCUAUCGAUACACAUGUUUUGAGCAGUGGAAAUUGUAAAGUGAUUUCUGAACUGCAAUGUGGUGAAAACUCAGUAUUUUGGUUGGAAUCACAAUUUCCCACUGGUCGACGAGCUUUGUUUCAGGCAAAAAAAGAUGAAGAUGGAAUAAUCGAAUGGUCUCCAAAAGAUAUUAGCGUAAAGAACACAGUACAUGAAUACGGUGGUGGUUCAUUCAUUGUUGUCGAUGAUGCGCCUUAUUAUAUCACUGUGGACGGUAUAUUUAGGCAGAUUACUGCAGACAGUGAACCCGAGUUGGUUGUUGCUGGUGAUUACUCACACCGUUUCGCAGAUUUGUGUUAUCACAAGGGUAUCUUAUAUGCCGUUCAUGAGGUGCAUUCUGGAAAUGAAGUCGAAAAUAUGAUCGUACAAAUCGUAGAUGGUGCUGUUCGACCUAUUGUCACUGGUGCAGACUUUUACGCGUUUCCUCGAAUAAGUCCUGGUGGGCAAUGGUUAACGUGGAUGGAAUGGAAUAUGCCAAAUAUGCCAUGGGACGAAACAACAGUUGUUAUUUCUUCAAUUAAAGAAAAUGGUGGUAUUGACGAGUUUUAUCGAAUUUCUCGUGAAGGUGUCAAUUAUCAUAGUCCGGAGUGGAAUUCAGCUGGCAAUUUGUAUUUAAUUUCGGAUCAUACGAAUUGGUGGAAUGUAUAUGAGGUCAACUUGGCUGAACAUAAAUUGGGCCAAAACUUAUUUCCAGUUGAUGCUGAAAUUGGUGCUCCACUUUGGCAAUUUGCUGAGCGACAUUUUGCUUCAAAUAAAAUGGGAAUUUUCAUGAACGUUUCCGGAAAAUUAGUAUAUAAACAAUGGAAUAAAGAAGUUAAGACGAUUGAUUGCUCGCAUUACACAAGUUUCAAAUGCCUCGCUCUAGACGAAAGUGGUACUGCUUAUGCGAUCGCUUCAGGACCGGCCAAAUCUUCAUCAGUAAUCAGAAUUCAGCUGGAUACGGAGAAGGUGGAUAUUCUUCGAGAAUCACGACCUUCUAGUGAUAUUGAAAAGUAUGAUAUUUCAAUACCGGAAUCGAUGCAUUUUCAGUCAGAUGGUAUUACUGUACAAGCCUGGUUUUAUCCACCAUUUUCCAAAAAAUAUGCAGCUCCAGAAGGUACUUUGCCACCCGUUGUUCUAGUUGCACAUGGCGGACCUACAGCUUGUUCUCCGAACACUCUUGAUAUGAAAAUUCAGUACUUAACUACAAGAGGUUUUGCUGUUUGUGAUGUCAACUAUCGCGGUUCCACUGGUUUCGGGACAGUUUUCCGUAAUAUGCUACGACGUAAUUGGGGUAUCGUUGACAGAAAUGAUAUGAUUAAUGCUGCUAGUUAUUUAAUUUCUCAGAAGCGAGUUGAUCCGAAACGACUAUGUAUUAUGGGUAGCUCAGCAGGCGGUUAUCUUCUUCUUGCUACUAUUUUAAAAUCUAAUUUAUUUUCUGCGGCAGCCUCACUCUACGGUGUGAGCGAUUUAAUUGGUUUGGCAAAAGAUACUCAUAAAUUUGAGCUUGGUUACAAUGAACAGCUCAUUGGAAAGUUUCCGGAAGAGAAAGCUCUUUACGAGCAAAGGUCACCAUUAAGUCAUCUUGAUCAGCUUUCAACACCAGUUGCAUUUUUCCAUGGUGAAGAUGAUCCUGUAGUACCACUUACGCAAAGUAUGCAGUUGUAUGAGGCACUAAAAAUGAAAGGAAUACCUACUUCACUAACUGUUUUUCCAGGUGAAGCUCAUGGCUUUAAGGGGUCUUUUGCGAAUGAAGUGACAAUGAGUGGUUUUUAUUACUUUUUUUGUCGUAUGCUGGGCAUCAAACCUUCAGUGGAAAGUCAGAUUCAAAUUGAGAAUUUAUCGAAAUCGCAAGAGAAAAGUCGGUAA